UUCAUCCAUUUUUGUUUUAAUAGGUCAAUUUUGUGAAUGUGUUUAUAUGAUCCGAUUAAUUAAAGUAAGUUUUUGGCUUCUAUGUCAACAUGACUGGAUGUAUCUCUGGUGAAUCACAGUCUUUGGAUUGUGUUUUUUUUCUGUAAAGAAAUACUGUUGGCGACAGGACUAACCUCAUGUUGGAGAGAUGCUACGUCGCAUUUCUAUUGGCCUAUACUAAGGAGCGCAAAGAAUAGAAAAUUACAUUCUGAUGUUUUCUUCUUUUUUUUUCUUCAUAUUUUACUCGUGGAGAAAUGUCAAAGGUCUUUCCUCUCACUGCAAUACAUUCAGAGGAUUGUAGAUUGUCAACCAACUCGGAGAAAGUAAUUCCCAUGCACACACCUCUAUCCACCUUAUCUACAGGGGGAAAGUCUAGAUCCUGAGAACAGUAGCUACCCUGCCUUCCCGUCUCCAGGGAGAGUAGCUGGCUGCCUUUCGGUGAAUGUGGUGCGGUGGCUCAACCCCUUCUGAAUUUGCAGCGACACCCAGAAACCGUUACGGUAGCUUACACACACACAAGCAGACAGCAGCCAGCCGAGGAGACGGGAGUUGUCACCAGCCGCCACAGCGUCUCCGCCAACCGCUGCACUUAACCGUUUAUUCUCUCUGCUCCCUAAAGUCGUCUACGGUCCUAGGCUACUGCACACUCCCUUUUUCCUCCUCCUCCCGGUCCAUGCCGUGCCCCUUUCUUUCGUCCGCCCGCUCGCUCUCUCUUCCUCCUUGCACAUUCACUGUCAGUGUUACCAGCGCGAGGAGAGGAGGCGGUCCGACCGACAGUUAACCCAUACUAGCUUCAACACCUCGGACGGCGAGUGAGAGGAGGCAGACCCCACGGUCGCUGGUCUCGCCUCUACGGUUUACGUUACCGUACGGACCACGCACUGUUCACGACCACACCACCCCCCACCCCCACCCCAUAUUCGCUUGGCACGGACCUAUAAUCACCGAGCAUUCAGAACUAACAGAUGAGGUUUCAGUAGCAAGUAGCAGGACUACAAUUCGCAGGAGGCGGUUUGAGCAGAAGGCGCGGCACGCUGGUUGCUCUCGGUAACUUCUCCGUCAUCGGGCUCUGCUCGCUCGCAGUCAGACAUGGAAGAUGGUCCGCCUUCGACAAGCUGUUUUCGAAGGAUAACGGACUGUUUUCUGGGCACAAAAAUCGAGACUCAUCAGACCAGGCAACAUUCUUCCAGUCUUCAACUGUCCAAUUUUGGUCUGACAGAUGACAGGGUGAAGACCUACCUGUCUCUGCAUCCACAGACGCUUGAUGAGUUUGUGUUGGAGAGCGUCAGUCCGGAGACGCUGGACAGAUGGCAUAAAAGCAAGAGCAACGACAGCCAGCCUGCAGACAACACAUCGACCCCUAAAGAAGGCAGCAGGUACCAGGACAGUAACAUGCAGGGGGUCGUCUAUGAACUCAACAGUUAUUUGGAACAGCGUCUGGACAGCGGAGAAGAUCACAAACUUUUACUCUACGAAUUGUGCCGAAUUAUCAACACAGCAACGGGAGCGGACGGGUUUGCACUUUACUUCCUGGGAGAAUGCAACAAUAGUUUGUGUUUAUUUAACCCAACGGCGAAUCAGGAAGGUCCUCCGGCACUCACCCCAGCGGGCCCCAUUUCCUUCGGGACCACCAUCGCCGCUUAUGUCGCCACAACACGCAAAACUCUGCUGGUAGAUGACAUCACAGGGGACGAGCGGUUCCCCGAGGGCACAGGUCAACACUCAGGGAUUGGUGUUCACUCUGUCCUGUGCCUCCCCAUCCUCACAGCCAUUGGUGACCUCAUCGCUGUUCUGGAGCUGCAUCGACACUGGGGUCACGAACCCUUCAACACCAGUCACCAAGAGGUUGCAACAUCAAAUUUAGCCUGGGCUUCUGUAGCUAUUCAUCAGGUACAGGUGAGCAGAGGCCUAGCAAAACAGACGGAGCUAAAUGACUUCCUUCUAGAUGUGUCAAAAACAUACUUUGACAACAUCGUGGCAAUAGAUUCUCUACUUGAACAUAUUAUGAUAUAUGCAAAAAACCUGGUAAAUGCGGACAGAUGUGCGCUCUUCCAGGUCGACCACAGCAACAAAGAACUGUACUCGGACCUGUUCGACAUUGGGGAGGAGAACGAGGGAAAACCUGUCUUCAGGAAAACCAAAGAAAUUAGGUUUUCAAUAGAGAAAGGAAUAGCAGGCCAGGUGGCCCGGACCGGGGAAGUCCUUAACAUCCCAGAUGCCUAUGCAGACCCGCGCUUUAACAGAGAAGUGGACCUCUAUACAGGCUAUACCACGCGGAACAUCCUAUGCAUGCCCAUCGUUUCCAGGGGGACCGUAAUCGGUGUGGUACAGAUGGUGAACAAGCUGAGUGGAAGUGCCUUCUCCAAAACAGACGAAAACAACUUCAAGAUGUUUGCAGUCUUCUGCGCCCUGGCCCUUCACUGUGCGAACAUGUACCACCGGAUCCGCCACUCUGAGUGUAUUUAUAGGGUGACCAUGGAAAAGUUGUCCUACCACAGCAUUUGUACAUCAGAGGAGUGGAAGACCCUGACACAGCUGGACCUGCCUACCCCUCUAUAUAAAGAGUUGGAACUGUUUCGAUUUGACAUCAGUCCGUUUGAGAAGCUGUGGCCAGCUGUGUUUGUGUACAUGGUCCAUAACUCCUGUGGGGAGACCAGUUUUGAGCUGGAGAAGCUGUGCAGGUUCACUAUGUCAGUGAGGAAGAACUACAGGCGUGUCCCCUACCACAACUGGAAGCAUGCUGUGAACGUGGCCCAUUGUAUGUACGCCAUACUGCAGAAGACCACAGCUGUCUUCACCGAGAUAGAGAAGAAGGGCCUGUUGAUAGCGUGUCUGUGCCAUGACCUGGACCAUCGGGGAUACAGUAACACCUACUUACAGAAGUUUGACCAUCCACUGGCUGCCCUGUACAGCACCUCCACCAUGGAGCAGCAUCACUUCUCACAGACCGUGUCCAUUCUGCAGCUGGAAGGGCACAAUAUUUUCUCCAACCUAACUUCCAGCGAGUACGAGCAGGUGCUGGAGAUAAUACGCAAGGCCAUCAUUGCCACCGACCUGGCUCUCUACUUUGGCAACCGGAAACAGCUGGCGGAGCUGCUGAGCACAGGAGCACUAGACCUCAAUAACCACCAACACAGGGACCGUGUCAUAGGUCUGAUGAUGACCGCCUGUGACCUGUGUUCUGUCACCAAGCCCUGGCCAAUCACACGGCUCACAGCCAAUGACAUCUAUGCUGAGUUCUGGGCUGAGGGUGAUGAGAUGAAGAAGAUCGGUAUCCAACCCAUUCCUAUGAUGGACAGGGAUAAGAAGGAUGAGGUGCCUCAAGGGCAGGUGGGAUUCUACAAUGCUGUGGCUCUGCCAUGUUAUACCACCCUAUCAGACCUCUUUCCUCCUUCCACUCCUCUACUACAAGCCUGCAAGGAGAACCUCAACCAGUGGGAGAAGAUAGCGAGCGGAGAAGAGGAGGACAUUGGACUGAGGGGAAUAUGGGCCCCAUCCGAGCCUCUGGACCCCAGGGUAGAGCCCAGCACUGGGGGGCCUACUAACCCUGACUCAGGCCCUGUGAAGGUGGAGAACUGACUGGCAGUGACGCUGCUUUAUGCCCUCACUCCCAUUCAAGUCAAUACGCCAUCACCACCAGAUAUCCACACCGCGUCAGCUGCCAUCUACGGGGACUAUUUCCUGUCUGGACUGCCUUUGCCAGUGCAUCACUUCCUGCUGCAACCGGAAAGUGGUUGGUUGAUUGACCAACGAUGGGAUUCUUUAAGAAACGCCUAGGUACCUUAUUGGAUGAGGGGAUGUGAGUAAUGGACAGCUGGACUGCAGGGCCAUGUUUAUAAAGCAUGGAACUGAAGCAAACAUGCAGAAACAGGGAGGAACUACCUGGACUUGGUCCAGUAAGAAAAACUUUUGUAUUGUUAUUUUUGUUGCAAAAUGUUUUGCCAAGUUUGCUCUAGUAUGCACUGACGAAUGGAGCACAUGUAGGAGGGUGGGAUCAACCCCCGGUCACAUGAUCUCCUCCACUGCUUGGGAAGCCAUUCAGAUUUUCUCGAACGGAUCUGUAUGUCUGUGGUUUGUUUUUGUUUGUUUUGUUUAUGUGCUUGUUCAAAAAUAGAAUUUUAUGUAAGUUAGAAUUUUGAAUUUCAGCUGGUCCGUCUUAUGUUCUGGUCUUGUAAUUAUAGAGGCCUUAGUCAACACUCUCAAAGCCUUUGUAAAGGGUGAGAGGUGUGAAAUCUUGACUGUUUUUUUUUCAUAAAGACUUUCAGACUUUAUGAAUGUGUCUAAAAUGGGCCCCUCUUCCCCAUGUAGUGUGUUACUUUAGACCAGAACCUCUGGGAGUCCUUGGUAACCCGUCUAAGAACCAUUUUCGUCCCUGGUCCAAUGUACUGUACUAAAUAGGGAACAUGAUAUCAUUUCAGACACAGCCUAUUGGAAUGGUACUGUUUCUUUGUCUGCUGUGGUAGACUGAUCGCACGCAAAACUUCUUGGAAGAGCAUGCUGUCGCAAAGAAGCCCGCCAUCCUGUCGUGAAGAUGGACUCUAGAAUGUUUUAUACAAUGUUCUAAAUAAUUUCUGUCACUUUGAGCAAAACAGUGUUUUUGCAGUACUUGAAUGAAUACAUACAGAACAUACAUAUAGCCCAUUCUAUUCUGUUCUAUUCCGAGAUGGAAAAGCAGAGCAUGAUUUCCCCCAGAGCGCAUUGUGCAAAGCACAGACUCAUUAGGACCAAAUAUGACCAAUGGGGCUGUGUUAGAUCAUUGAUGCAUAGGCAGCCAUGUCACGUGAGGAACAAUGACAGUAAUAGCAGAAGUGCAAUCCCCCCCUACAAUCUGGUAGUCCAUGCAGACCAAAGCAAUCACAAAAAAUAUUGAAACAUAUUCAGCCAGUUUUGCACUCCACCACUAGCCCCUGGGGUUGUCAUGCAGAAUCAUGCUCUUGCAUACAAAUCAGACUUUUCACCAUCAGGUUAACUGAACCCUGAACCUGGGGCAGUCAGUCUUUACUUGAACCCAGUGUCUUGGGCAGUGAAUCUUUUAUAGAACCCAGCACACUGGUUAAUCAAGUCAUUUCUAGACUCUAGAACCAAGGACAGGCUGUAUUUUAGGUUCUAGAACCCAGAAGCUUGAGCAGGCAUGAAUCUAUGUUCUAGAACCCAGAACCUGGGCAAUCAGUCAUUAAUAGACAUCAGAACCUUCGGCAAUCAGUCAAAUCUUUUGACUCUACUUGUAGGCAAGGAUUCAAUCCAAUUGCUCCUUUUUGACCAUGCACCUUGUAAAGCCAUUGUUCCUGCCUCCUCUGAGACUAUUCAUGGUAAAUGUCUACAUGUCAUGUGUGCUAUAAUGUGGAUCUCCCACAGCCCAGAUUGAAUAUAGGCUCUAACCUGGUCCAAUAUCCAUUUGUGCUGUCGUGUCAAUGUAGCCCAAUGGGACACUUAUUACCUGCACUGCAUUUAUCAGGGACUUCAAAUAAAAAGCUACAUCUGGUGCCUGUCCCUAAGAAAAACAAAUAAGCAUCAAGACCAAGAUGAGCAGGACAAACACAGCAUACAUUGGGAAAACUUUCACUAUUUCAAUGUCUUUACCCCUCAUGGACGUCAAACCCACAUGUUUGUGUGUGUGUCUGUGUGUCUGUGUGUCUGUGUGUCUGUGUGUGUGUGUGUGUGUGUGUGUGUGUGUGUGUGUGUGUGUGUGUCUGUGUGUGUGUGUGUGUGUGACAGGAAAAAUAGGCCCCCUGUAUUUGACAUAAAAUCAUUUAGCAUUUGAAAACCAACUUAUUAUAGACUUACUAUAUACCUCAAUUAGCUGAUCAAAAUAUUAUAUACCUCAAUUAGCUGAGAUGGACAGUAAUGUCAUUUGAUAGUUUUGUUUCCAUUUGCAUUCAUUAACAGAUUUAUGAAUAUGAGAUAUUCAGGUAAUGUCAAGAUGCCACUUUUAUUAAAUCAAUGUUUAAUAUUGAAGUGAUUCUCUGAGGCUCUCACCACCAUCACCUGAUCUCUACCACAACCAUCAUCCCACUAUCACCUGACCUCUACCACCACCAUCAUCCCACUAUAACCUGACCUCUACCACCACCACCAACCCACUAUCACCUGACCUCUACAACCACCAUCAACCCAUUAUCACCUGACCUCUACCACCAUCAUCCCACUAUCACCUGACCUCUACCACCACCAUCAUCCCACUAUCACCUGACCUCUACCACCGCCAUCAUCCCACUAUCACCUGACCUCUACCACCACCAUCAACCCAUUAUCACCUGACCUCUACCACCACCAUCAUCCCACCAUUAUCUGACCUCUACCACCACCAUCAUCCCACCAUUAUUUGACCUCUACAACCACCAUCAACCCAUUAUCACCUGACCUCUACCACCAUCAUCCCAC